AUGUUGAAAAACUGCACCUUGGCAGAAUCGAUAACACUGGGCAAGCUACAAGAACAGGUCUGCGGCCUCAAACCCGAGUCGAGGCAACAUACAGUGCUAGUGGUGAAUCUGGUGACCGGCUCGCUGGCCAUAUUCGCCGUCUUCCUCCGCCUGGCUUCCCGGUCUCUCGUAUCGAAGCGGAUCUGGCCCGACGACAUCGUCAUCAGUGUUGCUGCAAUCCUCGUCAUUCCAUUCAUCGGCAUAGGCGCAUGGAUGGCCAUCCAUGGUCUCGGGAAACACACGUGGGACAAUUCGGUGUGGACGGCGACGAAGAUCUUUCAACUAUUCUGGGUCGAUGAGAUCUUCUACAUUGUCAUCCUCAUGCUCACCAAGGUCUCGAUCCUGCUCUUCUACACGCGUGUCUUCCCGUCCAGAGGCUUCCAGAUCCUCUGCAACACUAUGAUAGCAUUCGUGGUCCUUUCAGGCGUGGUCGUCCUGCUAUGCCAGAUGCUUCAAUGCCUUCCCGUCGCUUUCAACUGGGACAAAUCGAUCCGCGGCGCCAAGUGCAUCAGCAUCAACGCCCUGACUUACGGACACGCAGGCAUCAACAUAUUCCAAGACGUCCUCAUCCUCGCGCUCCCCAUUCCCUGGAUCAUGCGUCUCAAACUAGAACUGAACCAGAAGAUCGGCCUGGUAAUCAUGUUUCAAGUCGGCGCAUUUGCCUGCGUCACCGCGGUUGUCCGGCUACGGUUCAUCGCCGAGUUCGGCGGCUCAAACUCGACGGACCCCCUAUGGGACAACACCGACACCACGAUCUGGACGGCCGCGGAGACAAACUCGGCCAUCAUCUGCAGCUGUCUCCCCGCCAUUCGCGCACUCUACAAGACAAGCCGGAAGGGUAUGACGACGAACGCCUCCUCGAACAGGCGGUCUCUGACCGUCUUGUCUUCCAGAGGGAGAGUGGGGGCGGUCUUCUCAAGCAAGUCCAGGUCCCGGUCCUCGCACCCCGACACCAUCGAGGAGCAUCGCCUGGAUCUUGCCGAAGAGUGGGAGCAAAAAUACGCAGAAGCUGAUCGUCGACACGGGCCGAUCACGAUCACCCACAAAGAUCUUGGCUGCUCCAGUGGCGGCGGCGGCGGCGGCAGGAAAGCAUACCUGCCUGAUCUGAGGGAGGAACCUGAUCUCGAGACGUGCCAUUCGGCCGGUAGUUCCGACCAUGUUGCGUCGCGGACCCGGCCUACCAGCCCGCAUGCUUACUGA